UCGGUCGUCGUCGACGACAUUAACAACAACAACAACAAAUGAUACUUCGACCUCACGAUUAGGCACUUGGAACAUCAUACCUCGAUGCUACACGGCCAUCGUCAGUCAGCAACAGCGCUAGUCAACCUCACUCCCAUCCGGUAUUCGAACACGCCCCACGUGCGACACACCGACACUCUCUCACCAUGAAGAUGACAAAAUCCCGCUGGGAUCCUUUCGUAUCCGGUUCAUCAACCAUCAACUCCGAAGAGCCUUCUAUCACCAAGACCAGGAUAUGCUUCCUGAGCCUGGCCAUCCUGUUGACCUUCAUCACCAUCUGCUGCACCGCUAGCCUCGCCGCCUUUCAAUCCAAGUGGGACCUAGGAGUUUCGGGACUGAACGGUUUCCUCCUCUUCCUCCUCUUCUUCAUCCUCAUCCUGACCGUCUUUCUCUUGACCGUCCCCUUGGUGUUUGACAAGUGGGACAAGUUGCCCACUCUGAAUCGAUGGAUCGGGGUACCCAGGUCGACUUGGAUAUUCCUGAUCACGGGGACUGGGCUGAGCUUGUUGAGCGCAUUGAUGGUCACUGUCAGCGCCUUCACACAACCUGGAUGCAAGAAUCCGGACGACGAUCCUCAUGCGGAUAAGGGGGACGGAUUCAAGGAUGGGUUGGGGAGGUGGUGCUCUACCAAGAAGGCUUCGGCGGUGUUUCUAUGGCUGCUUCUCGGCGCCUGGCUCGGCAUGUUGAUUCACUUCUCCAUCCUCCAACGACGCACCUCGAACGAAUCCAAUUCUUCUUUGGCCCGCUUCAAAUCGAAAUCCAUUCUCAACACUUGGAAACCCAUCUCUUCCGACGACGCCAUCCCCAGCUCAUCCACUUCUGUCUGGGGUCGCCAUAAGGACAAGGAAGCCGAAGUAGAGAGACGCCCUCAGCUUUCUCCCAAAAAGGCCAGUUUUACCGUCUUGGGGCAAAACGAACGGGAGGCAGGAUAUACAUAUGGGUAUUCCGAGCACGACGACGUCGACUACCAGGACGACAGGGCGGAUGGAGAUCUCGGGUAUUCUUCCCAACCCGCUGUUCAUUUCGCAGAUCACACCCACAUGGGAGGCCGGCGGAGUAUCGACCCGUAUGGAGCUUUUGAUGGGGACGGCAUGCCACGUCAAGCGAUCACGCCCAAACGGAACGUCCCGCCGCCUCUGGUCGCCGAGAUGGCCGGGAGGGACGCUGGGGGGAUCGGGAACAAGUCGGGUGUUGUCAGUCGGACGAUGUUGUUGGCGAGCAGCAGUACAUAUGACGAUCCAUAUACUCGAGUUCGCGAGUCGCUUUCGAGCCCGGCUCCACAGCCAUAUAAUUAUUCGGCCGCGCACUACAGUGGUGUAUAGGAACCAGGGAGGGGGGCCGCACAGAUGAUCAGGGAUCGACGGGAUACUUGUAGAUAUCCACAGUGUAUAAAGGACAGGGCGUCGUGACGAUUGUAACCUCUUGACUCAUUUCUUGUUGCUCAAAUGCAUAUCCGGU